AUGGGCCCACCAAUAGCCUUAGCCAUGACCCGCGUGCAGCUGCCUCGUCGCGCAUGCCAGCGCUCUAGCGAGCUCACUGGCAAGAUCGCCAACGGAUUCUCCAUCGAGCGCGCCAGUGACCCACGAGCGAAUCAGCCAGCGGACACCCAGACGGUUUUGUUAAUAAUUGUGCCCCACCCGUUUCACCCAUGCUGUCCGAACCCGGUUGUGCCCCACCCGUUUCACCCGUGCUGUCCGUACCCGGUUGUGCCCCACCCGUUUCACCCGUGCUGUCCGUACCCGGUUGUGCCCCACCCGUUUCACCCGUGCUGUCCGUACCCGGUUGUGCCCCACCCGUUUCACCCGUGCGUCCCAUGCUUCCCGUGCUGCCCCCGUGUUCCCAUGCUGCCCCCGUGCUGCCCUGUUCUGCCUGUGUCGUGCCCGUUUGCGUGCCGUGUUGCCCCGUUCAGCCCUUGUCCAGCCCCGUUCUACCUGUGCUGUCCCGUUGUCCUCGUUCUGUCCUGUUCUGCCCCCCGUGUCCUGCCCCGUUCUGCCCGUGUUGCCCCGUUCAGCCCGUGUCCUGCCCCGUUCUGCCCGUGUUGCCCUGUUCUGCCCGUGCUGCCCCGUUCUGCCCGUUUGUGCCCUACCCGUGCUGUCCGUAACCGUUGGUGCCCCACCCGUGCUGUCAGUUCUCGCUCGUGCCCCACCCGGUCUGUGCUGCCCGGUAUCGUGCUGCCCGUCACCGCCGUGCCACCCGUCCCGUACAGCACCUAG